AUGCUUGAAGUCGUCACGACGACCGGCAAACAAUGCGUGCUUCCAUUUCGUCAGGGCGGACGAAUUCAUCAUCACUGCGUCACAGUUUUCACCUCCAGACCUUGGUGCUCUUUGACAUCCAAUUUUGACCGGGACCGCAAGUGGGGGUUCUGCGCGCCAGAGCCGGGACCACCUAACGGUUCUUUCCACACGUCCCGAAGGCUCGCCGAUCUGUGUCGACGCAAAGCGUGUCAAAACGGCGGCAACUGCACGCUGGUUUCGCGCGGGCCGGCGUUCCGGUGCUCCUGCCCCGAAGGCUUUUCGGGAAGAUUUUGCGAGCGCGAACAGUGCUACGAAACCCUACACCUGCGCCAUUAUGACGCCGGACAGUCUUGGGGCCGCAUUCACCUCCGCAACGUGGAACAGUGCACGUGCGUCGACGGCAAGACGGAGUGCCGACGAACCCGCUACACCGCGUGCCGCUCGAAUCCGUGCCGGAAUGACGGAACGUGCCGGACGAUCGCCACCACCGGCGAGAAAGUGUGCCACUGUCGACGCGGCUACGGAGGACCCCGCUGCAGUUUGGAGCCGGAGAGCGAGUGCUACGACGGCCGGGGCGUGAGUUACCGCGGCGCGGCCUCCGCGACGGCGUCCGGCGACCGCUGUCUACCGUGGGAUUCGGACCUACUGUACGACGAGCUCCACGUCGGCACGGUGCGCGGCGCGUUCCGCAAAGGUCUCGGGAAACACGCCCAUUGCAGGAAUCCCGAUGGCGACAAGAAACCCUGGUGCUACACUUUGAGCAAUGACGCCAUCUCGUGGGAGUACUGCACAGUGCCAUCUUGCAAGAUGCCACUCUUAGCAUCCUCUAGUAGGAUGAGCACGUGGAACGCGCGCCGGCCCGUCCCGGGGCCGGUCGAGAAGCCGACGUGCGGGACCAAACACAAGAAGAGGGUGUGGGCGGCGCGGGGGAGGAUCAUGGGAGGAAACUCGGCUCUGCCCGGGAGCCACCCCUGGAUGGCGGCCAUUUACAUCGGGCGGUCGGACUUUUGCGCCGGAACCUUGAUCGCCUCCUGCUGGGUGGUGUCGGCGGCGCACUGCUUUUUACGCAACCCCCUGUUAUCGCAGCUUCGCGUGGUGCUCGGCCAGCACCGCUUCAACGUCAGCGGUCCCGACACGCGUACGUUCGGAGUGGACAAGUACAUCUUCCCCAAACACUUCUCCGUCUUCAACCCCACGCUCCACGACAUCGUUCUCAUCAAACUGAAGAAGCGAGACGGUCGCUGUGUCAAGCGGACGCGGUUCAUCAGGCCCAUCUGUCUCCCCGACAGCGGCGUGGCCUUCCCGGACGGCUUCUGCUGUUCCAUCAGUGGCUGGGGACACAUGCAUGAGAAAGCCGACGGUUAUUCUAACCUGCAGGAGGCGGGAGUGAGGCUGAUCGGCCACGACGCCUGCAAGAAGCCCGAGGUGUACGGCAGACACGUCACCGCCGACAUGAUUUGCGCCGGCCUCGACGGCUGCGUGGACGCCUGCCAGGGGGAUUCCGGGGGUCCGCUGGCCUGCGCGAAGGACGACGUCAACUUCCUAUACGGGAUCAUCAGCUGGGGGGAAGGAUGCGGACGCUCCGGAAAACCGGGCGUUUACACCAAAGUGGCUAACUACGUGGACUGGAUCAAUUCUGUGAUCAGACGGACGGCUCAAAAAUGA